AAAUUAAUCAGCACAAAAUCUUGUUCUCUUUUUCUAUGAGCUUUUUUAAACUUGUUGAAACAAACAUAAAUUAAAGUUUCAUUAGUUUUGAUGGGUAGUGCUAAAUCAGCCAUGCGGAUCUUCUUACUAGCAAUGCUCAUCGCAUCUUGUGCCACGGCCAUGGACAUGUCCGUCGUUUCAUACGACUAUAACCACCAUGUUGUUGGCAGUUCUGGCCACCGUGUGGCCACUGGUCCCAGCCACAGCGACAGCGUUUUCGACGCUGAGGCCAUGCUGAUCUUCAACUCAUGGAUGGCCAAGCAAGGGAAAGUGUACAACUCCGUUGCCGAGAAGGAACGGCGUUUAACAAUCUUUAAGGACAACCUCCGUUUUAUCACUAACCGGAACGCAGAAAAUCUCAGUUAUCGACUUGGUUUGACCCGGUUUGCUGAUAUAUCUCUCCAUGAGUACACUGAACUUUGUCACGGGGCUGCUCCAAAACCACCUAGAAACCACGUGUUUAUGACUAGUAGCGACCGAUACAAGACUAGUGCUGGUGAUGUACUUCCUAAGUCCGUUGACUGGAGGAAUGAAGGUGCUAUGUCUGAAAUUAAAGAUCAAGGCCAUUGCAGGAGUUGUUGGGCUUUCUCGACUGUGGGGGCAGUGGAAGGCUUAAACAAGAUCGUGACAGGAGUGUUAGUCACUUUGUCUGAGCAAGAUUUGAUCAACUGUAACAAAGACAAUAAUGGUUGCGAAGGAGGCAAAGUCGAGACUGCCUAUGAGUUCAUAGUUAAAAAUGGUGGUCUUGGUACCACCAAGGAUUAUCCUUACAAGGCUGUUGAUGGAGUCUGCGAUGCCCACCUCAAGGAAAACAACAAGAAUUUUAUGAUUGAUGGGUAUGAGAAUUUGCCUGCAAACGAUGAGCAUGCUCUAAGGAAAGCGGUUGCUCACCAGCCUAUAACCGCCAUUAUUGAUUCCAGCAGCCGGGAAUUUCAGCUUUACAAAUCGGGAGUUUUUGAUGGAACGUGUGGAACAAACCUAAACCAUGGAGUUGUUGUGGUCGGGUAUGGAAACGAAGACGGUCGUGACUACUGGAUCGUGAGAAACUCGUGGGGAAACACUUGGGGAGAGGCUGGCUACAUGAAGAUGGCCCGCAACAUUGUCAACCCAAGAGGCUUAUGUGGCAUCGCAAUGCGAGCUUCUUACCCUCUCAAGAACUCCAUUUCUACCGACGUAAGGUCCAUGACCUAAUAAAAUAAACUAAAUAUAUGCUAUGCGUGCAAUGGAUCGAGUGAGCGAACAACUUAUUCGAAAUAAUCGAGUCGAUGGAUUUGCCUUUGUAAUAUAUCCUGGACUUGUAUGGGGUCAAUGUUUGGAGUUUGUAUCAUGUUUAUGAAUAUUUCGUUUUGCGUGUGAUAAUGAAUAUUUUAUGUUUUUAAAA